GGGCGGCGGCGCCAGCGACCUUGGUAGUUGCAGCUGCUCAGGGGCAGGGCUUGCCCCAGCACCGAGUAGUGGCAAAGGCGUGUUGCGUCGGGGGUGCAUGAGAGCCGGGAUCCUGAAAUCGGCAGCUCCCCAGGCAGACACACUCUCACACAGGAAGCGGUGAUACCGAAUCAGCCAGGGCAGCGGGACAACCCCCAGGGGCUUCCCCAAGUUGAGGAGAGUUGGGGUUACAGGGCACAGGUGAUAGGGCCGGAGAAAGAUGGAGCAGCCCGGGGCGGCGGCGUCGGGAGCGGGAGGCGGCAGCGAGGAACCCGGUGGGGGCCGGAGCAACAAGCGAAGCACAGGGAACCGAGCCACCAACGAAGAGGAAACGAAAAACAAACCCAAAUUGAACAUUCAAAUAAAAACUUUGGCAGAUGAUGUGCGUGACCGAAUUACAAGUUUUAGAAAAUCUACUGUCAAAAAAGAAAAACCUUUUAUUCAGCAUCCUAUUGAUUCUCAAGUUGCAAUGAGUGAGUUUCCAGCAGCUCAGCCAUUGUAUGAUGAACGAUCGUUGAAUUUGUCAGAAAAGGAAGUACUGGAUCUUUUUGAAAAAAUGAUGGAGGACAUGAACCUUAAUGAAGAACGGAAAGCUCCUUUACGAAACAAAGAUUUUACCACCAAGCGUGAGAUGGUUGUCCAGUAUAUUUCUGCUACUGCCAAAUCUAUAGUUGGAAGUAAAGUUACGGGAGGGCUGAAAAACAGCAAACAUGAAUGCACCCUGUCUUCACAAGAAUAUGUUCAUGAAUUACGAUCUGGUAUUUCAGAUGAGAAACUUCUUAACUGCCUUGAAUCUCUGAGGGUUUCUUUAACCAGCAAUCCCGUCAGCUGGGUUAACAACUUUAGCCAUGAAGGUCUCGGACUCUUAUUGGAUGUGCUGGAAAAGCUUCUGGACAAGAAACAGCAAGAAAACAUAGACAAGAAGAAUCAGUAUAAACUUAUUCAGUGCCUCAAAGCAUUCAUGAAUAAUAAGUUUGGAUUGCAAAGGAUUCUAGGAGAUGAAAGGAGUCUUUUGCUAUUGGCAAGAGCAAUUGAUCCCAAACAACCCAACAUGAUGACUGAAAUAGUAAAAAUACUUUCUGCUAUUUGCAUUGUUGGAGAAGAGAACAUUCUUGAUAAACUUUUAGGGGCAAUAACUACAGCAGCAGAAAGAAAUAAUAGGGAACGAUUUUCACCUAUUGUGGAAGGAUUAGAAAAUCACGAAGCUUUGCAAUUACAGGUGGCCUGCAUGCAGUUUAUAAAUGCCCUUGUCACUUCACCCUAUGAGCUUGAUUUUAGAAUACAUUUAAGGAAUGAAUUCCUGCGUUCAGGACUAAAAACAAUGUUACCAGAUCUAAAAGAAAAAGAGAAUGAUGAGCUUGAUAUUCAGUUGAAAGUAUUUGAUGAGAACAAAGAAGACGACCUGACUGAAUUAUCACACCGUCUCAAUGACAUUCGAGCAGAAAUGGAUGAUAUGAAUGAAGUGUAUCAUCUUCUGUAUAACAUGUUGAAGGAUACUGCUGCUGAAAAUUACUUAUUAUCCAUUCUACAACAUUUUUUGCUCAUCAGAAAUGAUUAUUAUAUCAGGCCACAGUAUUACAAGAUAAUUGAGGAGUGUGUUUCACAGAUAGUGCUGCACUGCAGUGGUAUGGACCCAGAUUUCAAGUAUAGGCAAAGAUUAGACAUUGAUUUCACACAUCUGAUAGAUUCUUGUGUGAACAAGGCAAAAGUUGAAGAAAGUGAACAGAAAGCAGCAGAAUUUUCAAAGAAGUUUGAUGAAGAAUUCACAGCUCGACAGGAAGCUCAAGCUGAACUUCAAAAAAGAGAAGAAAAAAUUAAAGAGCUUGAAACAGAAAUCCAGCAACUUCGAACCCAGGGACAUGGACUCUCAGGUUCAUCAGGAAUUCCAGGCCCUCCUCCAGGGCCAGGUGGUGGGUUAUCCCCACCACCACCACCUCCACCAGCACCACCUCUGCCUGGAGGAGCUCUCCCUCCUCCUCCACCUCCUUUACCUGGAAUGACUGGUAUACCACCACCACCACCACCACCACCUUUGUUUGGGGCACCUGUUCCACCAUUUCCCCCAGGCAUUCCUCCUCCUCCAACAGCACCACUGAAUCUGCCUUAUGGGAUGAAGCAGAAAAAAAUAUAUAAACCUGAGGUACCCAUGAAGAGAAUCAAUUGGUCAAAGAUUGAGCCCAAAGAAUUAUCUGAGAACUGUUUCUGGUUAAAAGUUAAGGAGGACAAGUUUGAAAAUCCAGAUCUCUUUGCAAAAUUGGCACUGAACUUUGCUACCCAGAUAAAAGUUCCAAAGAAUGUAGAAGCUUCAGAAGAAAAGAAGACCCUGCCUGCAAAGAAGAAAGUGAAAGAAUUGAGAAUUUUGGAUCCCAAAACGGCCCAGAAUCUGUCUAUCUUCUUAGGAUCAUAUCGUAUGCCAUAUGAAGAUAUAAAAAACAUCAUUCUGGAGGUUAAUGAAGACAUGUUGAGUGAAGCCUUAAUUCAGAACCUUGUAAAACAUCUUCCUGAGCAGAAAGUACUCUGUGAAUUAGCACAGCUGAGGAAUGAGUAUCAUGACCUCAGUGAGCCUGAACAGUUUGGAGUUGUGAUGAGCUCAGUGAAAAUGUUGCGGCCUCGUCUCAAUAGCAUUCUAUUCAAGCUCACGUUUGAAGAACAUGUAAACAACAUCAAACCAAGCAUCAUAGCAGUAACUCUUGCCUGUGAAGAACUGAAGAAAAGUGAAAGCUUUAACAAACUUUUAGAGUUAGUUCUUUUGGUUGGAAACUACAUGAACUCAGGCUCGAGAAAUGCCCAGUCUUUGGGUUUUAAGAUCAACUUCCUUUGUAAGAUCAGAGAUACUAAGUCAGCAGAUCAAAAAACAACCCUCUUGCAUUUUAUUGCUGAAAUUUGUGAGGAAAAAUAUCGGGAUAUCCUGAAAUUUCCUGAAGAACUGGAACAUGUUGAAAGUGCGAGCAAAGUUUCAGCUCAAAUUCUCAAGAACAACCUUGCAACAAUGGAACAACACAUUGUUCAUCUGGAACGUGAUAUCAAGAAAUUCCCCGAAACAGAGAAUAGACAUGAUAAGUUUGUGGAGAAGAUGACAAGCUUUACAAAGAGUGCCAGAGACCAGUAUGAAAAACUGUUCACCAUGCACAACAACAUGCUAAAGCUCUAUGAGAAUCUUGGAGAAUACUUUAUUUUUGACUCUAAAACAGUGAGCAUAGAAGAAUUCUUUGGUGAUAUCAGCAACUUCCGAACUUUAUUUCUGGAAGCAGUGAAAGAAAACAACAAGAGAAAAGAAAUGGAAGAGAAGACUAGGAGGGCAAAGCUUGCAAAAGAGAAAGCUGAACAAGAAAAGUUAGAACGCCAGAAGAAAAAGAAACAAUUCAUUGAUAUAAACAAAGAGGGUGAUGAGACUGGAGUAAUGGAUAAUCUUCUAGAAGCCCUACAAUCAGGUGCAGCAUUCCGAGACCGCAGAAAGCGAAUUCCAAGGAAUCAAGAUAAUAGCCGAGUACCUUUGGAAAGGUCACGCUCUCGCCACAAUGGAACUAUCUCAUCUAAGUGAUUCCUGAUGCCAAAGAAUAUGAAAACAAAAUCAUAAGUAAACAAAAUCAUAAAUUUUGAGAAGAACAAAACAUCCACUCAAGGGAUAGAGAGAAAAUACGUACAUUUCUGCAAAGAUCAAGCUUAGCUGGGUGAAGUAGCAUGUAUCUGGAAAGCUAUUGCAAUAUUCCUCUCACAAUUAUACUAAAACAAACACAAUUACAAAGAUUAUAAAAUAUGUGUUCCAUUUUAGUGUAAAGAUGUGUAUUAUUUGUUAUUGUGUGUGACCUGAUGGUAAUGAUGAAAAGGGUAAAAAAUUCAGAAACAGUCACCCUGUCAAAAAAUUACAAUGUUGCUCAAAUUUACAGGUCACCCCCUCCAAAAAAAAUGGAAAAGAAAGGAAUAGAAAGAAUUAUUCAGUGUCUGCUUCUGAUUCCUGUUACAUGGAAAAAGAACAGGCCAAUGAAAAUGUGUAUGUUAACAAUUUGAAGAGACACUAGCUAAUAUUGCACACUGUGCUAGAGAAACCAUUUUGGAAACUCAAAAAAAUUGCUGCUUCAACCCCAUGAAUUUAUUUCAAAUCUUAUCUCAAGCGAAAGAUGAUGGAUUCAUCUGCUUUGGCUGAAAUUAAACUUAUCAUUAAUCUAGAGUUUCAACAUGAUGUUACAGGCACUUAUUGCUAAAAAUAAACCAGAGUUUAACAGAAGCAGUUAGAGAAAGUGAUUUAAACUUUAUUUAAAUAGGUAUUUUCUAAUUAUGCACAUAUAUCUACUUUAUAGAAAUACUUUAUAUGGCUAUUUUUGAGAAAACCUCACAUUUUAAUGUUUAUUCUGAGAUGAACCUUAAAAUUCUAUCACCUUUAUUUAGAUUUUUAAAAGGUAAAUAUUGAUUCCUAUUCUCUGUGGUUUAUUUCUUCUCUCUAUUGCUUCUUUCUCUCAUGACCCCCUUGAAAGCAGGGAAUAAAGUUCUAAAAGACCUGAGAGGAAAAAGAUUUCUCUCUGUAGGCAGCAGAAAACUGUCUGAAAGUUCAACUGUUUUAUCUUCCUUUCUACUUACUCACCUUUCCAAUUCUGCCUUGGUGGUGUGAAGAAGUAAAAAAUUAUAUGUAUAUAUGUGUAUAUAUUUAUAUCUACUGCUACAAUAAUUCCACAUCCCAGUGACUAAUUGAACUUUUUAAUCAUCAUCAUACUUACUUACAUUAUAUUAACAAAUUAAAAUGACACUGCCAAAACAACCCUAGGAGGAAAAACAGGUUCUACAUUUUUCUUAAAUAGAUGAAGGAAUAGAAGUUAUACCUAACUUGUCUGUUACUUUAAAAUAUGCAUUGAAAUAAUAUGGUAUAAUUUCUCUGGAGUGUAAUUUCAAGACUAAUCCAUGCAGAUGAUUGUGAUUACUGUAAAAAAAUUCUUAUAUGUAUAUUUCUUAUAUAGAAAAUCCUAUUUCUACUUCUUCAAAGCACAUUAUAGACAUUCAGAAAGAAUAAGUGACUGGCUUGGCAAGUCACCUUUUGAAAUAAUGUAAACAAGUGACCAAUAAUUCACAGUUUCCUUUAUAUAGAGAUGUAUACUUAUUCAAACUGCUACCUUUUCCUCCAGUGCAUUCUUGUGUGGGUUCUUACGUGGGUAUUACAUUUUAAAAUUCUCUGAAGCUGCUACAAUAGAGAAAUCAAAAUGAAUGACAGUAUCUGAGAUUUUACAAUUUCAUCCUAUCUUUAAAUCACACACAUAUGCAUACACAAAUAAGUUUAAGGGGAAUAUCAAUUUCAUAUGCUGUUUUGUAACAACAACAAAGAUUUACAAAUUUAUGCAAAUAAUUAAUGUAUGUAUUUUUGACUUCACAAAGUCUUUUCUGAAAUCUUCAUGUUCUGACCUGGAUCUUUUGAUAGCUUUUCAGGCUGUAGGAAAAUGAUAUUUUGAAAUAUUAACCUGACUAAAAUUUAGUGGCAUUUGCCAUGUCAUAUCAUCAAGAUGGUCGAAGUAGAAAUACUGAUGUGUAUUACUUUUUCCAGAUGUGAACUUGCCUUAUUUUUUAGUUUGUGAAAAGAGUAAAUGAAAUACUAUUAUUGAUAUAUAUUUGUAUUUCGAGAAAUGGCACAUGGUUUUCACAAACAGUAUGGAACCUUUUAGGGUCUUUUGUGAAAUUCCAAUAAUGGAGUUGAAGGAUUUGCUUCCCAGAUUUAUAAUAGUCCUGCUUUAGCCAUUUGCAAUUUUGUUCUAGAUUGAAAAUUAUAGCCAACAAAAGUACGUAGUGACAUUUUUAGCAUAGAACCAAAUUACACUAAAGUCUUUUUUAGGUUUAUUACUGCCACAGUGAGAAGCACCAAUUUAUGCAGAUUUUCUUCAGAAUGAUUUUUAAAACUGCAAAAUCCUUAAAAUGUUUACUAGUUACAUUAGUGCCCUUUGUCUGCAAGGUAACAAAUUACCAUAAAAUUCGUGCCUCAUCACACCAGAAAUGUAUUCUCUCAUGGUCCCCAUGACAAGAUGCCCAAAAUGAAGGGCCAUGCUGCCUCAAAGUCUCCAGAGCAAAAUCUUCCCCUGAUUCUUCCAGCAUAUAGUGGCUACUGGCCUUCCCUGGGUUAUGGCUACAUCUCUCUCUGCUCCAUAUUCACAUCACUUUCUCCUCUGCAUAUCUAAUCUUCCUAUGCUUCUUUUAUAAUGAUGCUUUUGUUAGAAUUUAGGGCCCACCCAGAUAAUCUAAGAUAAUUUCAUCUGAAGACCCUAAACUUAAUUUACACUUAUAAGACUCUUUUUCCAAAUAAGUAACAUUCAAAGGUUCUGGGAGUUAGGAUGUGGACAUAUCUUUUUGGAGGUACCCCCCAGCCCAUUACAGUCUGCCCUUUGUCCCCCCAAAUUUAUAUUUGUACCAUGUGUAAAAUAUAUUCACCCCAUCUCAACAUUCCCCAAAGUCUCAACCCAUUAUAGCAUCAACUCUAAGUCUAAAAUCUCAUCCAAACAUCAUGAGUUCAAUAGUCCCAAAUCUCAUCAUCUGGAUCAUCUAAAUCAGGUAUAAGUGAAAAUCCUGGGGCAAAAUUUCUAUCCAAAUGUCAAUGAUGGGUAGAGGCCAGAAGAACUAUGAUGUAUGUGAUAGAGAAAAAAAAGCAUACACUGUAAAAGCAACUUAUCUGCUUCCAAAAUACAAUGGUGGGACAAGUAUAGGACAAUAGUUAUAGACAUUCCUAUUCCAAAAUAGAGAAAAUGGAAAGUUGAAAAAAGUCACAUGGCCUGAUAACUUUCAAAUUUCAGCCAGGCAUAAUCCCCUUAGGUUUCUUGCCCUGACAAUAAUCCUCCUUAUUUCAGGACUACACCCCUUAAGCCUGCAGUUCUGGCCUCUUUGCCCAAGGAUCAAGUCUCUGUCUCUGUGCCCAUGGUUGGCACUUCUGCCUCUGCAACCCUGCCUCUGCCUCUGCACCUUGCAGUUCUGCUCUAGGAAUGGCCUUAUUUACUGAAGGGUAGCACAUGUUUGCAGCUUUAUCAUCCUGUUUCUUGCCUUUAAAAUUUUGGUAGUCUGACAACCUUCUGUCAUUUUGUUAUGUCUCCAUCCUUUUCAGGCAAAACUAGAACUGUUUCAGCCAGUAUAACAUUCUCAAAAAGUUUGUGGGCCUCCCAUGUAUGUCAAAUUGAUUCAGUAUUGAGGUAAGAGUUCUCACAGACCUUUGCUGGAUAAUUCCAUCUCUAUUCUUGGCUUCUAUUGAGAUGGUUGAGUGGAUCCAUGAGUCUGCCAUCUCUUCAACACUAGCCAGAAGCUGGCUUUAUCUCCAGAGUACAAUCUCCUAAUUUUAGCAUCUUUUGCAAUCUGAAUAUUCAGGCUCAAAAUUACCUGAAUUAUCAUGUGCUGGUUCCUUUCUGCCUAAUAGUUAUUUCCUCAAUUUCUCUUUUUCCUCUUGUAUUUUACUAUGAGCUCAAGACAAAAAUAGGCCUUACCUUCAACACUUUGCUUGGAAAUCUCCUCAGCCAAAUAUUCAAGUUCAUUACAAAUUCUACCUUCCACACAACUGCCAGAAACAAUUCAGAUAAGCUCUUUGCCACUAUAUAAGAAGGAUCACCUUCCCUCUGGUUUCCAAUAAAAUGUCCCUCAGUUCCUUCUGAGCUCACCAGAAGCACUUUUAACAUUCAUAUUACUAACAGCAGUGUAUGUUUUUUUUUUUCUAUCACAUACAUCACAAUUCUUCCAGCCUCUACCCAUUAUCCACCUCCUAAGCCACUUCCACAUGUUUAGUCAUUCAUUAUAGGGGUACCUCAAUUCCUGUUACCAAAAUCUGUAUUGUGUUCCUGUGGCUGCUGUAACAAUACACAAAACAUGAUACCUUAAAAUAACAUAAGUUUAUUCUCUUAUUAUUUGAGGGGCCCAAAGUCCUAAACUGAGGUCUUAGUAGGUUUGUACUCCCUGUACUCCCUCUGGAGGCUCCAGAAGAAAAUCUGUUGGUAGUCUCUUCCAGUUUCUUGUGACUGUCAUUCUUUCCUUGGCUGUGUCCAAAUCUCUCUUUGAUCUGUUUUCACAUUGCUUUUUCCUCUGUGUAUCUAAUCUACCUCUGCCUCUCUCUCAUAAGAACACUUGCUGCAGCAUUUAGGACGUACCUGGUUUAUCCAUAAUAAUCUCCUCAUAUAAAUAAUCUUAAUUACAUCUGUGAAGACCCUUUUUCCAAAUAAUGUAACAUCACAGGUUCUAGGAACUAGGACAUGGACAUAUUUUGGGUAAGCCAUCAUUUAGCUCACUACACUAAUCAUUGCAUACAAAUGUGCUUUUCACUUUUUAAAAUGCAUCCUUGGUGCUUGCACCAAACUCAAGGUUUCCUCUAAAAGCUAUUGUCUGUACAGCCUAAUGCAUGCUUUGAUGUUAAACAGUUUUACAGGCUAUUCUAAAAUUUUGUUGAUACUUUUGCUACUAUGGCCAAUGCUUAGUUUGAAAAAAUAAUUGGUUCCAACUCUGAACUCUGGUGUUUCCCUCCUACCCCUUUUAUGUACUCUUUGACCAAAUGUCUUCUAUGAUUUAUAAUGCAGGCAUAAAACUACCUCUGAUACAGAAGGGUUCUUUCAAGCUGACUUUAGAUAUUGUGAUUCCCUCAGCUGAAUGGAGAGGUGACAACAAAGCCUGCUUUGAAUGGGUAUUGAGGAAGACUGUGCCCAUGCCAAGAUACCCAGAAGUAUUUCAGCAGCAGGAGAACUGUGGAUUCAUGCUCUCAUUUUGCUUUGGAUUAGAUACCUGUCUCUUUACAUGACCAAGAACAACUUGUACUCUAUAUGUAAUGCAUACUCACUUAUUAAAUAAAGUUAAGAUAUACAU